GUGUGUGGUGUGUUUUUUUUGCACGUUUCAGCUCUGUGACUGGAUUUUCUUAAUAAUUCAUGUGUAAUAAGUGUCCAGCGUGACACUCCGGAACUGCUGUGCGGGUGUUUUUCCUUAGUCUUUUAAAUUUGGACAUUUUCCAGAACUUGCCUGGAUUGGCAGAGCAUCUAAUUUAGUGUACGUCCGUCUUCUCUUUUUUACUUUAUUUUUCCUGCUUUUUUUCCACUUGGAAUCUGCACAAUUAAAGCGUUGGAUCCGUCAGUGUACUGCGAUCCUCCGCCGGUGUUCGGCCCGGACCUCUGCCCCAACAUGAUUGCGGCUCAGGCCAAGCUGGUCUACCAGCUCAACAAAUACUACAACGAACGGUGCCAGUCACGCAAGGCUGCCAUCGCCAAGACCAUCCGAGAGGUCUGCAAGGUGGUCUCGGACGUCCUCAAAGAGGUCGAGGUGCAGGAGCCGCGUUUCAUCAGCUCGCUGAGUGAGAUCGACGCGCGCUACGAGGGCCUGGAGGUCAUCUCGCCCCAUGAGUUUGAAGUGGUCCUUUACCUCAACCAGAUGGGUGUGUUCAACUUCGUAGAUGACGGCUCGUUGCCCGGCUGUGCGGUCCUAAAGCUCAGCGACGGUCGCAAGCGCAGCAUGUCACUCUGGGUUGAGUUCAUAACUGCCUCGGGGUAUUUAUCAGCACGAAAGAUCCGGUCACGGUUCCAGACUCUGGUGGCGCAAGCCGUGGACAAGUGCAGCUACCGCGAUUGCGUCAAGAUGGUGGCCGACACAAGCGAGGUCAAGCUGCGUAUUCGGGAGCGCUACGUGGUGCAGAUCACUCCGGCCUUUAAGUGCACUGGGAUUUGGCCUCGCAGCGCUGCGCAGUGGCCGCCACCACACAUCCCGUGGCCUGGCCCGAACAGGGUGGCAGAGGUCAAAGCCGAGGGAUUUAAUCUGCUCUCUAAAGAAUGCUACACGCUAGCAGGGAAGCAGAGCUCGGCCGAGAGCGACGCCUGGAUUCUGCAGUUUGCCGAGGCCGAGAACAGGCUUCUGAUGUCCGGCUGCAGGAAGAAGUGCCUCUCGGUUUUGAAAACACUACGUGACAGGCACCUCGAGCUGCCGGGCCAGCCGCUAGACGGCUACCACAUGAAGACCCUGCUGCUAUACGAGUGUGAGAAACACCCACGAGAGAGCGACUGGGACGAGGCCAGCCUCGGCGAUCGAAUCAACGGCGUUCUGCUGCAGCUCGUCUCCUGUCUGCAGUGCCGGAGGUGUCCUCACUACUUUCUCCCCAACCUCGAUUUAUUUCAGGGGAAAGCCACGUCGGCCCUGGAGGCAGCCGCCAAGCAGACGUGGAGACUCGCGAGGGAAAUUCUCACCAAUGCUAAGAGUCUAGACAAACUCUAAAUAACCGUGAGCACAAACAACCCGAAGACUGACUCAAAGGAACUACACCAACACCGAGUGCCAGGACGAACUUUGAGCAGCCUUUAAAGAAAAGAACUGAAGAUUUAGAAGACAUUCUGUUCAUGCUAAGAGCUCGGACCAAUGCAAACAGACCAAGAAAAAAACAAGAACCACAAACAAUCAACUCCAGAAACAAUCACAAACCAGAAACGGGAACAAAGAGUCUCGAAUGAGAGAACACGAAGAGCCAAGA